UUUGGCGGUCUCACUUGCUGCUGCUGCUGCCCCUCCAGCAACAGCGCCAUCGCCGGUUGUUUAAGCUCUCCUUUUUUGAGUCUCAUUGGGUUUUUUUUUUUUGGGGGGGUGGGGUUGCAUUGCCUCGAUAGUUUGGCACGGCACGGCUCGGCACCAUGUCUCCUUCACUCUUCUCCGCCUUCCACCCUCACGGCUCUGCUCUUGCUCUCUCCGCUGGUGAUGGCCGUAUCAAGAUUUGGGAUUCUAUUACUGGAAACUUGCGUAACGAGUUGGCGGACCUUCCUUCACUGCCUGCUUCCACCGUCGCCUCUGGCCAUCUUGCGCUGGACUACACCUGCAUGGCUUGGGGUGCUCUGCCUUCCAACUCCUCUACCAAAAAGAAGAAGAAAGGUGCGAAAGAGAAGGGGGGCGCGGCGGUUGUUGUUGUUGGCACUGGUAGCGGUGAUAUUAUUUCGUGGGACACUACUCUCGGAGAGCUUAAGUGGCGAGCUAGUGAUUGUCAUGCGGGGAGUGUGACAUCUGUAGCAUUUAGCAAGAGCGGAAAAAGGCUGUACAGUGUAGGCCACGAUGCGCACGUGUGUGAAUUGGAUAGCUCCUCUGGCCAGGUGCUUACCAAGUUCCGGGCAGCGAAAACACCUCUGUCUUGUGUAGCUGUUGCCGAAGAUGGUGGUACCGUGGCGGUUGCAAGUGCGGAGGUGAAAUUAUUCGAUCUUUCUAGCAAGAAGCGACUUCGAAAAUUUCCCGGGCAUCCUACUCCUGUGAAAACUUUAUGUUUUACUCCAGAUGGAAAGUAUUUAUUGUCCGCUGCAACGGGGGAACGUCAUGUUGUAUUGUGGCAUGUGGAAGGUGGAAAAUCAGAGACAUCUGCGCCUAUCUCACUGUCUGUAGAGCAUCCAGUAGCUACAAUCGAUAUCUCUGGGUUCGACGAGGAUGGUGACGUUCUGAGGGUAAUAGCUGUUAGUGAGGGUGGGUGUGCAUAUAUCUGGUCUGCUCCAACUGUAAAUGAGCUUGAGACUACUAAACCCACAAUCAUUAGUGUAGGACAAUCUGGGAAAGGCAGAGCAGGUGCCAAACCCCGUAUUCUAGCUGCAAGGUUUUUGCAGAGCGAUGCAACUGUUUUAGUUGUUCACGGCACCUCAGUCAAACCUCACUUCGAGAAAGUUCCAUUAUGCGGCCAGGAGGGCUCUAACAUCGUUCUUAGUGCAACUGUAGAAGGUGCCUUGCUGCCAGCAGCUGAUGUCGUCGAGCAGUCGAAAUCAGUGUCUGUGCAAGUUACUGUACUAGGUCUUGAUAAUGCAGGUGAGGCGGCAAUACCUCGACCACAGAUUGACAUAGCGUCUGCAAAGAAAAAGGCCAAAAAACGUCGUGCCGAAGCUGAGGACGAGGAAGCACAGCCUAACUUGAAAUCACCUGAAGAGAAGACGGACAUGAAAACCGAUUUGGACGACGUUGCUCUAACUGUACCAGCUGACGAAGAACCAACGUUAGAGGAGAGAAUGAUUGCACUCAAGGUAAUUGAAGAAGUGGAUCUUAAAGAUCUCAAAGGCGAUACCCACGACCUUGAUAGAACAGUGGUACCUCGAGCAGACUCCCUACAAGUUCUCCUUUCACAAGCGUUGCAGGCAGAUGACAAUUCUCUCCUAGAACAAUGUCUCAACAUACAUGACGAAAAAGUUAUAUCAAACACCAUACGAAGAUUACGUCCCUUUGAGGCUGCGAAGUUCCUCACAGUUGCUGUGUCGAAAAUGGAAGGAAGGCCUCAGAGGGCCUUAGGCCUGGUACCCUGGGUUCGGGCUGUAUUACUGCAACAUGCGAGUUUCGUAAUGACCAACCUUGCCUUGCAACCUGUACUCACUUCAUUGUAUCAAAUAAUUGAGGCUAGACUGUCGGUUUUCCGGCCGCUUUUGUCUCUUUCAGGUCGACUAGACCUUGUCAUGGCACAAAUCCAGAAAAAUGAAUCUCAAAGCAAAGAAGAUAAACAAAACGAAGCUGCUGUUGUUUAUGAAGAGGAGGAUGAUGAUGGACCAGAGGCUAUUAACGUGAUGGUUGAUGGUGGAUCGCAAUACGAAAUGGAGGAUGAGGAUGAUGGGGAGUCUGAGAGUGAAGAUGAGGACGAGGAUGACGAUAUGGAAGAUGAUGAUGACAUGGAGGAAGAUAAGCCUGAUAUCAAGUUGAACGGAAAUGGAAACGGAUUGUCAGAUGGAGACGAUGAAGACUAGUGGUAUGCUGCUAGUCUUGUUUUUCUUUUUCUUUUUUUCCUGUUUUUUUCUUCUAUCAUUAGGCCACCUUACCACCUGUACGCUACCGCCGCUGAAGCUGGUAGCUCCAGUAUUAAACAUACAUUACUAGCAGGACGCUAAGUAUGCUGAGAAGGAUGCUUGUCACCCGAGCUGCUGAUAUUUCCACUAUUUAUAUUCUGGUUAGUGAUGGAUGAUCAGCAGUAAUGGGUAGACAUUGAUUUGGUGGCGUGGUGGUGCGGUAGAUAUUGACUCAUUCCCAAGUAUUGAUUCUGUACAUGGUGGCAUCGUGACACUUCUGCUUUUUCCUCUUUUUAACUAGGUUGAUGUAGUUGUGGAGUAAAUUGAUUUGGUGGCAUGAAGAUGGCCACGAUUUUCUGGAAAUGUAGUGCGGAAGUCAGAGCAAUAGAGUGCGUUGAUGUACUUCCGCACAGUUCGGAGAUACAGUUUUGACCUACGAGUUCACUAAGAUUACGUGAAGAAGCCAUGGCUUAUGCUAUAUACAACCACAAUUGGAAUCGUAGCCCAUUUCCUUUCAGAUAACUGUGUUGGCCCUUCUUUGGAGCAGCUGGAGAGGUUCAGUAAUUUUAGGCUGCCUGUAAUGUCAGAUUUUCAAUUGCACCUGUGCAUGCUUGCGGGCUUGAACAA